AUGUCCCUGAACAUGAAAACCCUGACCCAAGCCCUAGCCAAGACAGCAGCAGUAAUCGAGAAAACCGUAACCACCACCGUACAAGAAGUCACCGGACCCAAACCCUUACAAGACUACGACCUCCUAACCCAGAUCGGCUCCGCCGGGCCCGGACUAUGUUGGAAGCUCUACUCUGGCAGGUCACGUGACCGUUACGUGACAUCCCAGCAGUACCCCACUGUCUGCGUCUGGGUCCUCGACAAACGGGCUCUAUCCGAAGCUCGCAAUCGGGCUGGGCUGUCCAAAUCGGUUGAGGAAUCGUUCUUGGAGAUAGUUCGGGCCGAUGCUGCUCGUCUGGUGAGGCUGAGGCACCCGGGGGUGGUGCACGUGGUGCAGGCUUUGGAUGAGAACAAGAAUGCCAUGGCAAUGGUCACCGAGCCUUUGUUUGCUUCCAUGGCGAAUGUGUUGGGGAAUGUGGAAAAUAUUGAAAAGGUGCCAAAGGAGCUCAGAGGGAUGGAAAUGGGAUUGUUGGAGAUGAAGCAUGGGUUACUCCAGAUUGCUGAAUCCUUGGAUUUCCUCCACAACAAUGCACGCCUCAUCCAUCGGUCUAUAUCUCCUGAGACAGGGACAGAGCUACCCUUUGGCUAA